GCUCGACCAUCCCCUCCGGAUCUGGCCAUGGCGUUUCCUUCGCUUUCUGCAGGCCAGGAUCCCUGGAGGAACUUGUCUUCGGAGGAGCUGGAGAAGCAAUACUCACCCAGCAGAUGGGUCAUCCGCACGAAACCAGAGGAAGUUGUUGGGAACUUCGUGCAGAUAGGAAGCCAGGCCACCCAGAAGGCCCGGGCCACCAGGAGGAACCAGCUGGAUGUCCCCUAUGGAGAUGGGGAAGGGGAGAAAAUGGACAUCUACUUUCCUAAUGAGGAUUCCAAGGCUUUCCCUCUGUUCCUGUUCUUGCAUGGAGGAUACUGGCAGAGUGGAAGUAAAGAUGACUCGGCCUUCAUGGUAAACCCCCUGACGGCACAGGGGAUCGUGGUGGCGGUAGUGGCUUAUGACAUUGCACCCAAAGGCACACUGGACCAGAUGGUGGACCAGGUGACCCGCAGCGUUGUGUUUCUACAGAGGCGCUAUCCAGGCAAUGAGGGAAUCUACCUCUGUGGACACUCUGCAGGAGCUCACCUGGCUGCUAUGGUGCUCCUGGCCAGCUGGACCAAGCAUGGUGUCACACCCAACCUCCAAGGCUUUCUCCUGGUGAGUGGGAUCUACGACCUGGAGCCCCUCAUAGCUACCUCCCAGAAUGACCCUCUGCGCAUGACCCUGGCAGAUGCUCAGAGAAACAGUCCACAGCGACACUUGGAGGUGGCUCCAGCACGGCCUGUGGCUCCAGCCUACCCUGUGCUGGUGCUUGUGGCUCAGCAUGACUCCCCAGAGUUCCACCGGCAGUCCAAGGAAUUCUAUGAGACACUGUGCCGCACGGGAUGGAAGGCCUCUUUCCAGCAGCUGCGUGGUGUGGAUCACUUUGACAUCAUAGAGAAUCUGACCCAAGAUGAUGACAUGCUCAUCCAGAUCAUUUUGAAAACAGUCUUCCAGAAGCUGUGAGGACACCCAGUCCCCAUCCUGUAUGCACCUCAGAGAGCCUUCAGAAAAGAGGUUCCACCUCACACUGCCUUGCCUGUCUACCCUGUAUAGUCUCCCUGCUGUGAACACAAUCUCCUCUCCUGCCAUUCUUCACCCCACCCAGAUGGAGGCCCAGGGAAAGCCUGCAGAUUGUUACUGGGAGAUACAGACAGCCACCACCUGGCCAAGUCUGCACCACACCUCCACCCCACCCCAGCCUGGUGAUGGGGAGUGGCCAUCAACUUCUGGCUGGCUUUCUGUGUCAAUUAACAGUCUAUUUGUGGACUGGCUGGGGCUGAGGCUGUCUGUAGCUGAAUGGAGUUCUGCCUAUCUCCUACUGCAAGAGAGGGUGGGGUGGGGAGAAGGAAUGAAGACAGACAGACCAACCAACCAACCACUGGGGGGUGUAGCUCGCUGGUAGAAAGCCUGACCAACAUGCAUAGGAUCCUGGGUUUCAACAAGGAAACAUGAUGUUAAUUAACAAG